AUGUGUUUGUAUGAAACCAUACAAAUAUGUCAAAUAUAUUUUUCAUAUAAAACUACAACAUUUGUCGACUACGACAACAUUGAGGAGAUAUCGUUGCCGGCAUUUACCAUAUGUUUUCAUAAACGAGAUCUAUUGAGACAACAAUAUUUGACAAAUGUUUCAAAUAAUGGUAACCAAAAACAAUCUAAUGAUUAUAAUGAAAAAUUGGAUCAACUAUUUAUUAAUCUAACAAUCAGACAACAGUUUCAAUUGUUGCAAAACUGGUCAGAUAUUGUCGACAAUUGUAAUAUCUAUAAACCGCAACAAUUAAUAAACACAAUUAUUAAUAAUAAUAAUACAACAAAUUCAUAUCAUAAUACUCAGCUAAAUCGUGUCGAUUGUCAUCAGAUCUCAAAAAUUAGACAAUCAAUUGACUUCUCACGAUCAUGUUUUACACUAUUUUCUCAGUCACCAAAUCAGACCAUAAAUGACAAACAAUUUAUUGUCGACAACGAUAUGGCAUUCAAUGAUUUGGCACAGAGUUUGUUUUAUAUCAAACUUAAAGACCAUUUCAAAGGGUCGACCAUUACAUUGAUAGCCCAUCCGAGACGACAGCUAAUGAUGAACUAUUUGCGACACGAAUUCACUGACAUAUCGUUUCAGAGGAUAAGUCGUAAUCGGACUUUUGUCCGCCAUAUUACUUACGAACGGACUAUUGUCCAGUCGUUGAAACUGCCGUACGAAACGGAUUGCUAUGAUUACAAGGAUCAGGGAUAUGAGUCCAGGAGCCAGUGUAUCGACUACUGUCGUAUCGAUGAAGCCCAUCGACUGUUUCCCGGUGUAUGGCCGGGUAAUUAUCUGACCUACAAUCAGACAUCCGAUGAGAUCAUUCAUGAUUUAAUCAAUGAAUUUAUGAAAAAUUUUUCAUUGGAUCAAAUGAUGGGCGAAAAUUGUCGCCAAAAGUGUGGCCUACAUUCCGAGUGUACACAAGAGUACUAUCGCAUACAUAUAUUGCACAAAGAUUUUGAUGUCGAUGGCAUGUAUGUGCCAGUACUGGCACCGGUAGUACCCGAUCUUGUCUACACUCAUUCGGCAAAGAUAUUGGUUGAAGAGUUUCUCUCCUAUAUUGGCAGUUAUGUUAACCUAUGUUAUCUGACCCGUAACUUCAACUACUGGACGUCUCGGGGAAUCAAUGGCCCGAAACCAGUACCCGGUUUGGGUACAUUGUGGCAAAUAUUUUACAAACCAAUUGGUGAAAUAAAUUUGGAUAAUUAUAAAAAAUAUGGAAAAAUAUAUGGUGUAUUUAUGGUCAAUCGCCCGGUGCUGACGGUAGCCGAUCCCGAUCUGAUAAAACAGAUGAAUAUUAGAGACUUUCAUAUGUUUGUCGACCGAAACGAUCUCAUAACAGGUGAUCCUAUGAACGACCGAUCAAUGUUUAACUUAAAAGGCGACGAGUGGAAGAAAAUCAGAUCAAUUAUAUCCCCGACCUUUUCGUCGGGUAAAAUGCGUUCAAUGCAUCCGCUUAUCAUCGAUUGUAUCGCACGUCUAGACAAACACUUAUCGGACAAAACAGUGGUUGAGAUGCAGAAAACAAUGGGUAAUCUGACAAUGGAUGUCAUAGCUACCUGUGCUUUCGGUACCCGAAUCGAUACAUACGCCGAAAAAACUAGCGAUUUUGUAAUACACGCACAAAAAGUUUUUCGCGGCAAUUGGCGGGUUUGGUUUACACUGAUAUUGUUGUUGAUAUCGAAACGAUUGGCCAAUUGGUUUGGUAUCAAGUUUCUGGAUCCCGGUGCUGAAAACUUUUUCAAAACAGCUAUUCAGUCAAUUGUCUCCAGACGUAAAGUCGAAGGAAAUUCAAAGAUAUAUAAAGAUUAUAUACAACUCAUGAUUAACGCACAAAACAAAACAUUAAUGGAUACCAUUGAUGACCAAGAAGUGGAUGACUUAGAUCGGGUGAUAUUUGGUUCAACAGACAGCAGUUUGAAAUACAAAGAUCUUAGAGGAGAGAUAACCGAUUGGGAUGUGUUGGCCACUAGUUUUGUUUUCUUUGUGGCCGGUUAUGAGACAACGGCCACAACAUUGGCUCAUCUGUUUUAUUCGUUGGCCGUCAAUCAGGAUUGUCAGCAAAAACUCUACGAUGAAGUGACCAAACAAUUUGAUGGUAAGUAUGACUACGAAAGUAUCGCCCGAAUGACAUAUCUGGAGUCCUGUGUCGCCGAAACAUUACGUCUGUAUAGUCCGCUUACAGCAACCGCUCGUAUUGCUGCCGAUGAGUAUACUAUAGGCGAUACCGGACUAACAAUUCCCAAAGGAAUGCUCGUUAAUUUUGAUAUUCAAACUUUACAUAAUAAUCCCGAAUACUAUCCCGAUCCCGAUCGUUGGAAUCCCGAACGGUUUAUGCCCUACAAUCGGCAUAAGUUAGUUCCCUAUACUUAUAUGCCGUUUGGUUUGGGUCCCAGAAAUUGUGUGGGAAUGAGGUUUGCAUUGAUGGAGACAAAGACAGCCGUUGCAUACCUGAUCACAAAAUACAAGUUUGUGAAAACACCGAACACUACUAUUCCGUUGAAACCCAAGAAAUUUGAGUUUUUAUUGAAUACUGGCGACAAGUUUGUCGGUAUUGAACACAGAAAUUGA